AUGGAUCUUGCGAACAUCGAUGGUCUGCUUGGCUACGGUGCUCACGUUGGCACCGCUGCACUGUUUGGGAGCACCUUGCAAGUGCUCAUGGUCAUCAUGCCCAGUAUGCUCGCGGUACCCUACUCCAACUACAAAAAGGCCGAAUUCACAACCCGCAUGUUCAUCAACGCCAGCAAGUACAUCCGCCCUACCUACUUCUUCACCCUCGCCUGCCUCGGCGCCAAAGCCUACCGAUCGGGUUUGCCCAUUGACAUCGCUGCCUUCACAGCUUUGUUGGCAACCUUGCCCAUUCAAUUUUGGUUCGGACCUUCUCCGAAGGGAGAUUCGGUGGUUAAUGAGUUUGUCAAGAAGGGUGAGGGGAAUGAUGAUGGGAAGGCGAUCAAUGAGAGGAUUAAGGUCUUCAGGAGGGCGAACGCGAUCAGGUUGGUUUUCCUUGGUUUAGCGGUGAUAUUUAGUCGUUAG